AUGGAGGCACCGAAGGGGUUUUCGAAUUUGGGUGCUUUGCUGGGCUUUUACGGUCUGGCAAUAGCCGGAACCGAGGAGGAAGGCUUUUCUCCCAUCUACCGCAAUGCUGCUUCUGAGACAUUGAAGAGGGCGAGCGACCAUGGCGAUUUUCAUACAAUGUGGGACGUGUUCCAGCACGGUCUCAAAAUCAAUCCGGAUGCUCCUUGCAUUGGGAAGCGUGAGGUUAAGCCCGAUGGCUCCCUAGGCGCCUAUCGCUUCAUGACCUACAAAGAGGUCGAAACUAAGGCGUUAGUCAUCGGAAGUGCCCUCCAUCAGCUUCCGAUAGAGGAGCAGCCAUCCUGUCACCCAAAGGUGAAGGACUCUAAAAUGGUUGGCGUAUUUGUCACCAAUUGUAUUGAGUGGCUCAUCCUUGAACAAUCGUGCAACGCCUAUGGCUAUACGCUGGUUCCCAUAUACAACACACUUGGCAAUGAGUCCAUCCAUACAAUCCUGAAGAAUUCCGGGAUUACUGUCUUAGUGUGCACACCUGCAACGGCAAAGACCAUGCUCGACAUUCUUGGGUUGGGCACUGAAGGUGUGAAUCUUGAGCUGAUUAUCCUUAUCGAUUGCGAUUCUGUGGAUGACGUGCUCAAAAACAACAGUUAUGGAAUCAGUUUCAUGCUCUGGCGCGAACUUGAAGCAAUGGGCAGUAAGAAACCGCUGCCGCCAUCGCCUCCGCACCCUGACACCUUGGCCCUGAUCUCGUACACGUCUGGGACCAGCGGCACGCCCAAGGGUGUUAUGCUCACUCAGCAAAACAUCACCGACCUUAUUGUGGUGACCUGCGAGGACCACGUCAAGAGGUCAUUCAUUGAGAAGCCAAUGGAGCGCCACAUUAGUUACUUGCCCAUGGCGCACCUGUUCGAAAAGAACUUCGUGAACGCUGUAUACUACUUUGGAGGGUGCAUAGGACUCUACUCCGGGGACAUCAAAAAGAUACUUGACGACGUACAGGAGCUCAAGCCCACCUUCUUCUUGGGAGUGCCCCGCCUGUUCCAGCGCAUCCACGACAGGGUGAUGGCUAAUGUAGCGCAAAAAUCGUUCGUGGUGAGGGCGCUGUUCAAGACUGGGCUCGCAGCAAAGAUGAAUCGCAUUAAUACACAGGGUAUCUACACCCACGCGUUGUGGGACAAGCUCAUAUUCAACAAGCUGAAGCUCCUGCUAGGAGGGCAGGUGAAGUGGAUGUUAGUGGGAUCCUCCGGCAUGAACCCCAACGUGAUUGAACGCCUGCGAGCUAUAUUCGGUGUGCCGCUGCUCUGGGGAUAUGCCCUUACCGAAAGCGGGGCCGGAAGUACGGCACAAAACUUCUACGACACAGAUCCUACCAGCUGCGGAGGUCCGCUGCCUAACCAGGAGUUCCGUCUGAGAUCCGUACCCGAUCUGCAGUACGACGCUACUGCGCAGCCGCCGCGCGGUGAACUCCUCAUCCGUGGUUACAAUGUCAUGCACGGCUACUAUCGCGACGAAAAGGCGACUAAGGAAGCCUUGGUUGACGGGUGGCUGCACACUGGGGACGUUGUAGAGAUUCUGCCGAGUGGAUCGAUACGUAUCAUAGACCGCGUGAAGAACGUAUUCAAACUAGCUCAGGGCGAGUACGUGUCGCCCGGUAUGGUGGAAUCUGUCAUUAACAUGGGCACCCUGGUCGCACAGUCCUUCGUGUUCGGCAAAAACGAUGAGGUCUACACCGUCGCAGUGGUGGUGCCGGACGAGGACGUAUUGAAGCACUGGAAGGAGUCUAAUGGCAUGGGAUCGCUCAGCUUCAAAGAAGUGUGCGGCAAGAAGGAGCUACGCGACGCGAUCAUGGCCGAGAUGGAAAAACUGUUCCAAGAAAACGGCCUGAAAGGCUACGAGAAGGUCAAGGCCAUUCAUGUUGAACACGAACCGUUCAGUGUCGAGAACGAUCUUCUAACUGUGACCGCUAAAUUGCGACGUCACAAGUUGCGGGAAAGAUAUGCUGCAGAAAUUGAUGCGCUCUACAAGGAGUUGCGCGCGGCCAACAAGGCGGCCUAA